AUAGUAGUUUGUGUAUGAUUAAAAAAAUAUAAGUGGUACUCUGUGUUAUUCAAAUCUAGGACACUCCUAAUAUUAAACAUCUUAUCCAUUAGGUUAUAACUCAUUUGUUGUUCUAUUUUAAACUCUAUGUAAUGGUAAAAACACGAUUUUUUAUUCCCAGGGGUACCGCUAAUUUGAAUUGAUUUUGUGGUUACACUACAAGAGUUGAUAUAGUCUUUUCAACUUUGAAUUACAUAAUGAACAAGGUUAGAAAUUGAAUAUGCGAUCUAGUAGGAUAUACUGAUUUGUUAAGCAGUGUAGACACCAAAUCUAUCUUAUAUUUUUUUCGAAAUAUGAAAACACAUCGUGGCUUUUUGUCAACAUGUGUAAUAAUUGGAUAUUUUAUUAUUUAUGUAUUAUUUAAUUAUUAAUGUAAUUUAAUUUUUGGAAGAGGACAACCCUAAAAAAAAAAUUGGAUCCGCCACUGGCUCUCGCCCAAUAGUAACAAACACAAAAUACUCCUUCAAGGUGUGGCUUACAUCAACAGACACAAAAUCAUUGUAUUGGCUGACUAAUAGCUCUGACAACUAGAUCAACUUUUACACAUUCGCCACAUAGGAGUUGUUAUCAAUCAUCCACUAAAAAAAACUAUGGGAAGGGUUAUUUUCACUUAUACCAAGGGUUUUAACCCUUGCUAUACGAUUUAGAAAUGGUUUGUCAACCCUUGUAUCAACCCUUUCCAAAGCCACCCUUGCUACGUGUAGGAAGAGUUUUGAGCAACCCUAGGUGCAAGUCCCAUGCAAGGGUUAUAGCAAAGGUUUGAACCGGUGAUACAUGUAGCAAGGGUUAAAACCCUUGCUAAAACCCUUGCUAAAACUCUGUGUAAAUUUUAGUAGAGAUAUGUUGAUGGCAUGGGUUAGAACCCUUGGAUAAAUACGGGUCUUACAUAAUUCGUGAUUAAAGCAAAACCAACAUUUCGCAACCAAAUGUUCAUCGUCGUUAACUGGUGGUUGCUAAAGAGAAACGAGGACCAGAACUGGAAGCUCAGCUUGGUUGCAAAUGCUUUGAUCACUAUAGACAACCCUGAACCAAAUGCCAAUUUUUUUAAUAAUAACCAAAUUUAUUCCAUGCACUUUACCCGUCAAUACUUCAUUCAUACCAUAAACAUAAUAUGAUUCAUGAUCCAAAAUAACAUUAUUACAUGGCUACAGGUUAAUUACCAAAAAUAUUCAAACAUAAUCCAAAGAAGCAUGGUAUGUUUAUAGAAGCACUUAAAAGCUACAUGAGGUAUCGCGAAGCUCGAGAACCCAAAGACGGAGCAUGAGCACUAGUUGCACCCUGUUCAUAAGAGAAAAGAAUUAGUAAGAGUAACAUUAACACCGAGUGUGAAGUAACAAUGAGCAAAUUAACAAUACAUCAAUCUAACACAAGGCCCACAUAAUUAGCUUUGUGCUUACUCUAAAAACUUAGAACAACUGUAACAGAGCUUGCUUGACUCAAUUUGCCCCAAUAAACCAUACCGGGCCAAACUUUUCUAACAUCCAGGUGCAUUCAAGUUCUUCGAUCUAAAUUUACCCACUACUUAGACUCUUCAUGUUCCCCACACUUCCGAGUAAGAUAUGAUCAUCUCUCACUAUCAACCUUAUGGUAGUCUGAUAGAAACUCAAUUCUUGGGAUUUAUCAUAAUAAUUAUUAUUACUAUAAUUAGGAUAUUAUUAGAUAUGAUAAAAGUCAUUGAGUCACAUUAUGAUAGUCUAUUAGGUUUUUCUAGUCUUUCGCUAUAAAUAUGUAAUUGGUCCUUCAUUCAUGGGGAGUCAAGAAAAUAUUAAGAAACCCUCUCCUAAAUCAUAUUCUCCCAAUCCUCUCAAUUCUCGUUCCCAAUCCCUCUAAAGGCCUAGGCCGAUUCUCUAUCUUUCUCUUCUCAAAACCCUAAUUCUGUUCUUAAUCCCUAAAUCCCCAAUUCUCGAUAGAACCCUAAUCUCAGGUUCUAUCAUUUGGUAUCAGAGCCCUCAUGAGUCCUUCAAAACUCACUGAUCCAGCAUGGGCUUGUACGAAGCAGCUGAUAGAGUUCACGUUAUCUGAACUCAAGCGUGAGGCUCAGGAACGCGGGUGGACAGCAGCAACAGCGGAAGAGGCGGCCGAUCCGUCCGCGGUGGUCCCCGUACUGUCGGGCCCGACGCGGCGCACGAGAGGGACGGCGCCCGCUCUGGCGGCAGGAGCGGGCGAUGGGCGCGCGGGGGAGGAGGCUGGCGCUAGCGGCCGCGCCGGGGUGGCUGCGGGGUUGGCGGAGAUCGGUGCUGGCGGCGGGGCCGCGGAAGGCAAGGCGCGGCGGCCAACGAUGGCGGGCGACCGCGGGGUCGUGGCUGCAGUGACGGCACGACAAGAGAAGGCGCAGCAGCCCGUGGCGGCGGACCGGCUGAGCGAGGCGCAGAGCGCGGCGGUGAAGGGCGCCGUGGUCGCGGGCUCGGCGAAGGAAGGGGGGUGCGACGGGUUGUCCGGGUCUGCGCUGAUCGAUGAGGAGAAGGCGGCCGCGGGCGCCGACGCGGGGGAGCUCUUGGCGAUGGAGGCGGCAGACGUUGUGGCAGCGACGCGGGCGCGAGAGGGACGGCGCCCGCGCUGGCGGCUGGAGCGGGCGAUGGGUGCGCGGGGGAGGAGGCUGGCGCUAGCGGCCGCGCCGGGGUGGCUGCGGGGUCGGCGGAGAUCGGUGCUGGCGGCGGGGCCGCGGAAGGCGAGGCGCGGCGGCCAACGACGGUGGGCGACCGCGGGGUCGUGGCUGCAAAUAUGUAAUUGGGAUAUUAUUAUUACUAUAAUUAUAUCAUAGUAAUUAUUAUUACUAUAAUUAGGAUAUUAUUAGAUAAGGUAAAAGUCAUUGAGUCACAUUAGGAUAGUCUAUUAGGUUUUUCUAGUCUUUCGCUAUAAAUAUGUAAUUGGUCCUUCAUUCAUGGGGAGUCAAGAAGAAUAUUAAGAAACCCUCUCCUAAAUCCUAUUCUCCCAAUCCUCUCAAUUCUCGUUCUCAAUCCCUCUAAAGGCCUAGGCCAAUUCUCUAUCUUUCUCUUCUCAAAACCCUAAUUCUGUUCUUAAUCCCUAAAUUCCCAAUUCUCGAUAGAACCCUAAUCUCAGGUUCUAUCAUAGUCAAUAACAGAUCUUAGUAAUAACUCCCUAUUGAUAAAUGAAGUUUCAAAUGGAGCAAUAUGAAGGGGCCAUAUAGUUUAACCCGAUGAUAGCCACUAAACUAGCCAUCACAUGGAAAGUUGAACUUUGAGAUGUUCCAGAUGUCAUGUACGCAAAUUGAAGAAACAAACUUGUAUUUAUUUAAAAUACUCAAACAUUAGGUCAUGAGGUGGAGCAAAGUCAUAGUCAUGUAUACUCCUAAUUCAGCACAUGUAUAUCACGAAAAGAAUCCCAAGGAAUAGCACAAGACAAGCUAUGGCAAUGCCGAUUUUGCUACCCUUGGUAAAUGACUAUUAUCCCACACAAAGGAGCAUUCUGGUAUGGGUUAUGACAAACCCAUAUGAAGAAUAUGGUACAGGUAUAUACUAAGGACUUCUGUAUCAACAGAGGCUAGCCUGCAGUGGACUCAAACUUCACAGUUGGCUUGCCUCCUGAUAUGAAGUACAUGGGUAGAAAUUUUAUGGGUAUUGAAGGAGAUGAUAAGAGUUCUGAGCUACUUACAAAAUAGUUCACUGGUAGAGAGGCAAGGCUCCUAGAGCCUCACAUUAUGCAUUCUCCUUUUUCAUCUGUAAACAAAUUCAAUAUUAAUGCACAUUUUAAUUCUUUUAGCUAAGUGUCUACUUCAGCUCUGACAAUGAGAAACAAAAGAGUAAAUAAAUUUGAAAAUUAACAGCUUAAUAUAUAAUUCAUAGGAUUAGGAAGAUGCUCAUAUUUGUCUCCGUUGUCACCCUCACAUACCUAGCUACCAUCACAACUCAUUGAGAGCAAACCAGAUAAGUUCCUAACAGAAAACACAACUGCCUUUUGAACUUACUUGUUGCUAUUACUCUGUUCAUACUAGUGCUCUUGUAUGCUGAAUCCAUGGUAUAGCCAUCGACUGCAUCAGAAGCACAUAAACUCAAUCAUGAUGAGCUGGAAAGCCUAUCAAACAAAAGGUUCAAAUAUGGCAAACCAUGACAUAUACAUAGAUAUAUACACAACCAUAUUCACCUUAUUUGCUCCCAGUUUGACAUACUUAUCAUGCAUUAAUCAUGCAUCGAACAACACCUCAGAGCACCCAAACCUUGCCAAUAAUGAACAAGCAGAAGUCAUUUAAAAUAGGUUUCUUUGCAAAAGCCAUUUCAAAACAUUUACAUUCUUAUGACAGUUUUUUUUAUUUCAGAGUGAUAUCAAUGAAGGAUAAUAGUUAAACUUACAAUUCUACCCAGGACCCCUAAAAGACUCUAAAGAAGCCACCCAAAAAAAUCAAAAGAUUCUAGCUCUAAACGAGACAAAAGCAAUGCUUUACGCGCCAUUCUAUAGGCAGCACUGUUGGCGGACCUAGGUACCGCCCUAAACUCUAUACAAACAGACAAAGAGCUAAGGAUCUUAUGACACUCUCGUAACACCGGACCACCAAUCGAGUCUUCUAUGACGCCUUGACGGAUAUUGACAACCACUUCGGAAUCACCUUCGACUAUCACGCGGGUCAAGGAUCUUGAGGCUAUGAUGGUGAUGGAAACCCAAUUCUUGGGAUUUAUCAUUACUAUAAUUAGAAUAUCAUUAGAUAUGGUAGUAGUCAUUGAGUCACAUUAGGAUAGUCUAUUAGGUUUUUCCAGUAUUUAGCUAUAAAUAUGUAUUAUGGGU